AGCCGAGGCAGUAGAGGGAGACCAGUUGGCCGGGUGUGCUGGGCAGGCUCCUAUAGCCAGGGGACAGCCGGCGGGAGACCUAGCCCCUGGCGGCGUGAAGCUCCGGGCAGCUCACUGCAACACUGCGCCAAGCGCCCACGGUGUCCCCUUUCCGCUUCGACUUUCGCGCCCGCGGGGCGUUGGGCCAGGAUUUCCUCUGCGCGCCUCGUGUUCGCACUGCGCGUUUCUGCGCGCAGGGGGCGCUGUGGGACCCGCUCCUCGCGACCAGACUUAAGGUUCUCAGAGUUCGUGCCCUGGACUGCGACAAUGAGCAGGUUUGCUUACGAAGGGUCCUUCAAGAAUACAUUUUUUGGGGUGCUGGCCUCAUUGGCCGUAGGGGUUUCCCCGAUUCCUACCCGCGCCUUGCUGGGGAUCACAUGCCACCGCCGCCUCUUCCUCCGCGGUGCCAGAAGCCCGCGUUUUGCUUGUCAGCAGUAAAGUGGAGAGUAUUUAUAGACGCCGCUGCAAUCCUGCGGUGUGCAAGGUUUCAAUUACUGCGCUGCGUCGCGCCCCACAAGACGAGAUGCUUACGCGCGGCGGCUCAGCCACACGUCUGCUGCGGAGACCCACACGGAAAAAAAGUCUCCAGGCAUCCCUACUUGGGUGGAGUUUUGGAAUUCUUGCCCAAGCAACUUCAGAUAAGGACCACAGCAGUCCUGGACAAUUGCCUUCCAUCCCAUCAGCUUCCCCCAACCCCCACGCCUCUGCCAGCUUCCAGCAUGGCAUUGAUCAACCUUCAAGACUGCUCUUUUGACCAUUCAUUAGAACGAAUACUUCCCCCCACAUACUUCAAAAUGUCAUCGCUAAUUCUGCUAAGAUGCUUUGGUGGUAGAAGGUGCUGUGACUGCUAACACGAAACUGCAAGUGUUGCCUCAGAGUAGGGUUUUAAGACAACCCAGCAGCAGCGUUGAGAGAAGCCUUUCCUGAGGGUAGCCAGAAGCUUCUGGUCCUCAAGACACAGCUCAGUCUUCACCUGGCCCUAUGACCCGCGGCCUUGCUCCCCUCCUGCCCAUUGAGUUCCACAAGAUGGGCUCCUUCCGCCGACCUCGACCACGGUUUAUGAGCUCCCCUGUGCUCAGCGAGCUGCCCCGCUUUCAGGCUGCCCGGCAGGCUCUGCAGCUAAGUUCCAACUCUGCCUGGAACAGUGUGCAGACGGCCGUGAUCAACGUUUUCAAAGGGGGCGGCUUGCAGAGCAACGAGCUGUAUGCGCUGAAUGAAAGCGUCAGGCGACUGCUGAAGAGUGAACUUGGAUCAUUCAUUACUGACUACUUCCAGAACCAGCUUCUUGCAAAAGGACUGUCCUUUGUGGAGGAGAAGAUCAAGCUGUGUGAAGGUGACAAUCGGAUUGAGGUUCUGGCUGAAGUCUGGGACCACUUCUUCACCGAGACUCUCCCUACCCUGCAGGCGAUAUUUUAUCCGGUUCAGGGACAGGAGCUGACCAUCCGCCAGAUCUCCCUGCUGGGCUUCCGGGACCUGGUCUUGCUGAAGGUGAAGCUGGGUGACUUGCUGCUGUUGGCACAGUCCAAGUUGCCUUCUUCUGUUAUACAAAUGCUGCUCAUUCUGCAGAGUGUUCACGAGCCCACAGGCCCAAGUGAGGGCUAUUUGCAGCUGGAGGAGCUGGUGAAGCAAGUGGUGUCUCCCUUCCUCGGCAUCAGCGGGGACCGCAGCUGCGCAGGUCCCACAUACUCACUGGCCAGGAGGCAUUCCAGGAUCCGGCCCAAGGUGACUGUCUUGAACUAUGCCUCCCUGAUGACCUCAGUUGGCCGGCCACUGAAUGAGAUGGUCCUGACCCCUCUAACAGAACAGGAAGGGGAGGCAUACCUGGAGAAGUGUGGCAGUGUCCGGCGGCACACUGUGGCCAAUGCCCACUCGGACAUCCAGCUGCUGGCUAUGGCCACCAUGAUGCACUCAGGGUUGGGAGAGGAGGCUGGCAGUGAGGACAAACACCUGCUCCUGCCACCCAGCUUCCCACCACCACACCGCCAGUGCUCCAGUGAGCCCAGCAUCCUCGACAGUCCUGAUGAACUGGAAAUAGAAGACGUAGCAAGUGGCAGCCAGGAAGACUCAGAGCUGAACUGUGCUUCUCUCAGCUGAGCCGCCACCUCCAGGGACCCAUUCUUACUUUGUAGCUAGGAUGAGGAUGCCCCUUCUCCUCCGUGGAUCACCAAGGGGAUCUUGCAUUGGGCAGUAUUGCCGGUUUCCUUUAGGGCACAAGCCAAGUCGUCAUGUCCUUGGGAAACACCCGUCGACCUCCCCACUCUGGUGUCUGGGACCAGCUCCUCAGGCUACUUUCCUCCAGACUUCCAGCCUUGCUCGAUUCACCUGAGUCCUCACCUCUGGGCCUUCCCCAUCCUACAGGACUGGUGAUGCUCUUAGUAUGUAAUGCGCUGGCAUUAUUGCAGCAGGAGGUUGGACUACUAUACACAAGCAUCUGAAAUGUGCCAGCCUCUGCAGUUCCUGUUAUGAUAUUAAGAGGCAGAAGCCAAUGGGUGGAAAGAACAGUAGAGGUUCUGUAUAGCAUGGAAGUCAACUGCAGCCCAUAUCAUACACGGUCCUGGGAAUGUGCCCUCAUCACUUUAAUAGCAGCGUUACUGGGUGAGGGUUCAUUCUUCUGUAUGUUCAGAUGUCAUGUGCUGUCUACACAGGCUUUGGCCUAGGAGAACCUACCAGGCUAGCACAGUUCUGUCUUGCAUUGAGCCUCUCAGCAUGUCCGACUCAGGCUUCCUCCCAGACUGUGAGAAUGAACCUUCUCAGGCACUGGUGCCUUACUCUCGAUUCAGUUUCGGGAACCGACCACUGUUCUGUUGUGUAUAUGAGAGGCUGGCUGGCAACAACUGACCUAGACUGUACCUGGAUUUCACUUGAAUUUGUAAAAUGUGUAUUGCUCAAAAAAAAAUGUUUGCAAAUAUUUGCACAUGGGAUCUUGCACUGUUCAUUUCCAGUGGAGUGUGUUUGCGGAGUAAACAUAAGUGGACCCUUUCAAAAGGCCAUGGAAUAGCGCAGAACAAAGGGAUCAGUAGUGGGCAGGACUCAGAUACCUCGGAGCUCUGGAGGAGCCAGAACUGAGUCUGGAAUGGCCUGUGUUGUAAGUGUCUUGGCUUCUAGGGAAGGCUGUGUUGGGUUCAGGAGACUGCCUCUUGAGCAGGGAAGUGUUGUGACUAGACUCUGUCUGCUUUACAGUAGACAGAGAGAGACAGGGAUGUGGACAUGUUUUAUGUAGAGGGAUGUUUAUUCCCUGAGACUACAGAAGUACCCAGAAGUGUCUGGGAUCCCUGUCACAUUUGUCUCAUGUUGGUAUUUGAGGCAGCAGACUUUAUUACUAUGCCAGGUCCUCAUUACUGCUCCCUCCAAGCUGGGGAAAGAGAACUUCUGGUCUACGCUGAGUCCCUGUCUUCCUCUUAACAGUUAUUGAUUGGUCUUGCUAAUAGACGCUCAGAAAAAUAUAGAAGGUUUCUCCUGACUUUGUUUGUGGUGUGUGCUGGCCUUUUGGGAUCUGGUCAGCCUUUUAAAUUUUUGUUGAUGGGUGUGUGUGGGUAAAAAAAAAUUUGUUGAUGGAAUGUCAAUACAUAAGGUGCUAACAGAAGAGGCACUUCAAGCUCUUCUAAGCCUUGAUGGUGUCUCCCUUCUGGGCAAAGAUCUGAACUAUGACUGCAGCUGUGCUGCUGAUGGGUUCUACUUUAGAAAUAGUAUUUUUGAAAAUGUUUAAUUGUGUCUUUCCAUUAGAUAAUGAUGAAAGAGAUACGUCUGCAUGUGUGUACACACUGUGCCCAUGCGCUUGCACACACACUUGUUUCGAUACACGUGCACACACACACACACACACACAUAUUCCACAUACACACACACACACACACACAAAUGUUCAGAUUCCUUUGAGAAUUUCAAAUGAAAAAUAAUCUUUCUGUAUGUGGUAUGGUGUCUAAAAUCUACAAGGUGGGGGCUGGAGAAGUGGUUUGGUGCUCAAGAACACUUGCUGCUCUUGCAGAAGGCCCAAAAAUGUGAUUUAGUUCCUAGCACAUCAGGCACUACAUAGCCACAUGCCUAUAACUCUAGUCCCAGAGAUUCUGAUGCUCUCUUAUCCUCUGAAGGCAUCUGAAUGAAUGCACAGUGCGCGCACGCAUGCAUGCAUACAUACAUACACAUACACACAAUAUUAUUUUUAAAACUCUAUAAGUUAUUAACAUAUGUUAGCCGGCAGAACAGGGCAGUUUAUUUAACUUAACUGAUGGCUAGGUUCUUGUUAGUACACCAAACACACACUUGAGAUUAUUUAUUGAUCGCGGCAAAGUAAUUAGUCAUGUUUGGGUUUACUGGUUUUCGUUGAUAAGAUUAACAAUGCAUGCUUUUUAAAUGCCUUUUUCCUUAUCUUCGAUGUCUCUGUCAAGGACAGACGUUGUCAGUUUAAUACACAAGCUCUUGUAUUGAAAGUAUACAGGCUGUAGAACUUUAUUCCUGCUGACUUUACACAGUUUACAAGUUUCUCUUUGGACACACUUGGUAUUACGACAGAAAUAUCCCACAUCAUACACAUCAACAUUUCAUGGACAUUUGUGGGUAUUUUAGCCAUCAGGCCUAUUGCAAGAGUGUCACCGUAGCAGUUUUAACCAAAUUUCAUUCCCUUGGCACCAUGGGGACUCAUCUUGCUACUUAGUGCCAAGGGUUUCCCUAAGCUGAAGUCUAGUGACAGAAUCAUCCCAGCUCUGGGCUCUGCAGAAACUCACAAGCUAAACUCCUUUCUGUUGUCUGUUUUCAAAAUAGAUAAUAAGCAUUGCUUAUGCCAGCGGGCACUGCUGUGCAGGGUGCUUUGAGAGUGGUUUGGCUGAAUCUGAAAGCACAGUGAAGCUGGCCACAGUGCCUUCUGCCCUCCAAACUCCUCACACUGCUUGAGUGCCUCCUGUGCCUUUGUCCCAGGGCCUCCUCUCCAGAGUCAGGCCCUGGGUUUCAUUGGCCAUCCUUGAACUGGUUAGGCUAGUUCUUUCAUGGAAAAGCAUCUCAUCUGCAGAUGAAGAUUAGAAAACACUAAAAUAGCUCUUCAAGGCUUCCUUUAAAACAGAAUCUUAAACUGUCCUAAGCCGGGUGGUGGUAGGGGCAUAUGCCUUUGAUCCCAGCACUUGGGAGGCCAAGGCAAGCAGAUCUUUGUGAGUUGAAAGCCAGUCUAGUCUAUACAGCAAGUUGCAGGACAGUCAAGGUUACAUAGAAACACUGACUCAAAAACCUAAAACCAAACCAAAAGCUGAGAGAGAGAGAGAGAGAGAGAGA